UUGACCUUGGGCCUUUUCUUUCAAAUUGGGCGUGAUUAUCUCGUUCCCUUCUCUUCAAGGCGCUGAUCUUGGGUUUGGGAGAUCUUCCAGACUUCAGAAUCAUCAGCCCUGAAACAUAAGCUCUGUUCUCUAGGCCAGAAACUUAGUGGGCAGGUCGAUUACUCCCUCAUUUUCUCUCUUGGACUUCUUUUUAUUUAAAGCUCAUAUAACCCUUGAGAAUGAUGAUGAAAAUUCUUCCAUCACCACGCAGAUAAUACUUUUGUUUGUUGCCUAUUGCAUACUCUAGGACAGCUUUAAAGAAUUCGAUUUCAGUGGCUUUAGUGAUAAAAAUAAUGUCUCGCUGCGUUUUUAUGUUUCUUUUGGUUUUGUUUGGUUCUGCAAGUUGUUGAUUACCCAUAUCUGUUAAGACAUACUUUAUUUCCUUUCAUCAUCCAGAUCCGUUAAUCGUGCUGGUAACAAUCACUGUAGUAUAUCUAGUUCAGACCAAUUAAAUGUGGCAGACCAAUAUUGAUAGAAGUCUUACUGAUUUUCUUCAUUUAGUUUUUUGUACUUCUCCCUAGUAUUCAUUUGAUGCAUCAGAAGGUGAUAAUAUGGUGGCAGAUACUUUACCUUUUCUUUAACCUACUGCUCGAGUGUCUUCAUCAUCCCAAAAUCGAGAUGUAUUACUUGGAGCUUUCUUGGGUAGCCUACUAAGAUAUUUUAAAAUUGUCUGGCCUAGUUAGCAGAUCUACAGUACCUCUGGACUUUUUACCUUCUACUUUGUCAGGAAAGUUUAUUAUAUCUCGCAAAUUUAGGUUUGCAAUACUAGCCCCAUACGCAAGCAAUUAAUUUUUUCCUUUAUCCAUUUUACCUUCUUUUACAUAGGAUCAUGUCUUCUUUCUUAAAGAUAUUUUGUCAGUGGUUAUUAGUGAUUCAUUUGCAUCUCUUCGCUUUUGCUAAAGACCACUACAUCGUGUAUAUACACAGCACAAAACUUGCGUAGAUACUUGAAGGCAUCAUCCAUUUCCCGCUGAAAAUUGCUUAGGGCAUUCUGUCUAUGAGAUCUCCUGCUGCAGCUAUCUUAUAGUCAUUAUCUUUGUUGGUUUGCUAAGCUGAAGAUAGUCUGUAACAAUUCACGCUAUUCCUCGUACCUGCUCUGCAUGGUUAAUGACCAUGAAGGUUGGGCAAGAAUGCGGACUAAAAUUAUCUCUAAUAAAACCUUUCGAGAACAGAUCAGGAAUUUGUUUUUCAAAUACCUCUACCAUCUCACAGUUUUUGCUCAAAUGAUGGUAAUUGGAUCUUUUAGCUCUAGUCUGGCUUUUACGCCAUUAAGACUCCACAGUUUGACUUACCUUUUCAGUUACUUUUCAGUUUUAGCAGGAACUUAUUCCAUUUCGUUCCUGAUUAUUUGAUACUCCGAAAUUUUCCUUGUUCUAGGCAGAACAAAUUUUGAUACUAGGAGGAAUCAUUUGGAAAUGAAGAUUUUUCGCAUCCAAAUAGCUUAUGCUCCCAUUAUUUGCCACGCUGAGCUCACACUCUAAAUGCUUGUUCACAUGGACAGUCUCCACAAAACUCUGAUUGUUUCACAGGAUAAACCUCAAAUUUGUGUCUUAACCAGGGAUUUUGAAGAGUCACACCUGCUAUAGUAAUCGUGGUGCUGUCUUGCACAAAAGACCAAUUUUCGUUUUGUUCCAUUAAGAAUGCAUUACCAAGAAUGACAUCCUCAUCCAGUGUCGGGAAAGGAAAGAUCCGUCUAAAAAUAAACAUUGAUUCCCACCUGCCAUUCUCAAUGCAACAGGCUUUGUUAAUGGUCUCCACCAUUCAUCUGGUGAUGCAUUAGGUCUUGCACAAUUAGUACAAGCUCCAGGGUCUCUAAUGAAUAUGGAUAACACCCGGGAAAUUUAAACAUCACAACCACGUAAGUGCUUAACCCAGCUUCCUUGAUGUGCCAUUUGGGAGGGUUCGAUCAUAUCCCAAAUUUUGUCCAUGACUAUGGACCAUUGCCCUGCUGUAUUCCUAAAGCUCGGAAAACUUCAUGUAUGUCUUGGGAUGCGGAUCUUUUCUCCUUCGGAGUGCAUUACCAUUACAACAUUGUUCUCUCUUGACUAUGCAUCCUCUUCUUCAUAUACAGGCAUAUUAAUUUGUCUGUAUCCUAUGAUCCUUCUUCUAAAGUUCUUAAGUUUACAGAUCUUUGAGAUGCAACCUCUUCCCGAUUGACUUGUUGUACUGUAUCCUGUGUUAUAGUAAGAGGUUCAAAAGUCCUUAAUUUCCUAGCAAAGAGGGUGUAGACAGUGUUCCAAACAUAAGGUUAUUUUUGCUCCCCUCUAUUGGCCCUGAGACGCACUAAUCUCUCUAGAUGCUCCAAUAGGUUCCACCAUAGUCGAACUUCUAGGCCGUGUAAUUCUAGGGAAAAGUGUUAAAAAAAGUCCUAAACAAAUUUUAUUUGUGCCAAUUUAGUCAUAAACAUUUUUACUAAGUGUCAAUUCAGUCCUUUUUGGCUAAUUGUAGCCGGAUUUUGUUGAUUGGGCACUGGUCAUUUGAUGUGGCACGAUCAGCGUUGACGUAGACAAUUUUUGAUAAUAUUUUAAUAUUUUUGAUUUUAUUUUUAUUUUUUCCUUCUCCUCCUCCUUCCUCUAGUCGGUCGCCGAGGCGACGGCCGGCGAGGGUCGAGCCUCGCUAGCUUGGCGCGAGGCCACUCUUGUGGCUUGGGUGGCGAGACUUGCCCUCACCGGAUUUGGUGAGGUUUGAGCUCGGCGCUCGGUGAGGCUCGACCUCGCCAGCCCAACUCAAGGCCGCCCGGGCUGCGAGGGUGGCCUCGCGUUGGGUUGGUGAGGGUUGAGCCUCAUCAGCCAUGGGCGAGCCUCGCCACCCAUCGUGAGGCUGCCCUUGUCGGCUGUCACCUCUGGACGGUGGCCAAGGUCCGACAACUGGUUGGAGGAAGGAGAAGGAGAAGGAAAAAAAAAAAAUAAAAAGGAAAAAUUCAAAAAUAUUAAAAUAUUAUUAAAAAUUGUCCACGUCAGUGCCGAUCGUGCCACGUCAACCAGCCGAUGCCCAGUUAGCCUAAUCCGGCCACAAUUAGCUGAAAAUGACUGAAUUGGCACAUCGUAAAAAUGUUUAGAACUAAAUUGGCACCCAAAAAAAAAAAUUAUGAUUAUUGGCACAAAUGUAAAAGGUUUGAGACUUUUUUUUAACACUUUUCCCUGUAAUUCUAGGGGAUUAAUUUUUUACCUACAAAAUUGUUUGUAAUCCUGUGAACCUCUUCAAACAAAUUUGCUAUCUAAUUUCCGUCCUCUAGGAUUUGUGGUAUUAAUGAAUCUAUAAAUCAUCCCAGUGUGAUACACCAAACAUUUGACCUGCAGGUUCAUCCUAUCCAUGUUUCAAGAAUCAAUCCUCAAUGUUCAUGAAUUCCCCAAACAAAUAUCAUUUAGAGCCAUCAAAUAAUUUGGAUGGGCUUGGAAGCAGACUAGCCCAUGUGCUAGCUUGGCUAGUAUUCCCGAUAUCAAUUAAUCUCUAAAACCCGUACAUCUUUGAUCCAAUACAGUUGCAAUCAGAAAAUUGGCGACAGGAAGAUGAAAUAGCGGGACUUAUCCUAUUCUGAUCAACCCUAUAUAUGUAUAUAACGACAUGUGCCUCUUGUUCUUUCUCUUGUCUCUCUAAUUUUUCGGAGAUUUAGCAUAGGUACAUCUAAGGUUUGAAGUUCCCUAUACGACACCUAUGCCAUUGACAUCGAUUGUGAGAAAUCUAUGGCCUAUUUAAAGUUAAAUCUUAAUAAUCAAUAAACAGCAAUAACAUCUACUUCGAGCUAUUUCUGCUCCAAAGUUGAUCCCGAGAGAUAAUCUUAUCCGAAAGUUUCUUCUAAUACCUAAGAUGUUGACUUUAAGGGCACUAUAUCAUCACAUGCGUUCGUCGCUGAUAAUUGUUCACUACACUAUGUUGAAUGUUCUUCGCCAGUCUCACAUUCUGAGAAAACUUCAUAGAGACAUUAAACCUCAAAGUCUAAAUUUUCUAGUUCCUGCUCAUCUAUAGGUUUAUAAGCAGGUUCGUCAUGAAGAGAUACAUCUUCGAUAAAUACUACGCAAAUAUUAUCUUUCUGUUGAUACAUUUAUUGACAAUCAUGAGGCUUGUGGGCUUUCAAUCCACAAAAUCGAACAAAAGUUACAACUACUUAACAGGGUUUACCCUGAGGACAACGAGGUUAGAACCUCUGUGUUUCCUUUUAAAGGUCUUAAUUCUUUGUAAGUCUGGAUGACUUUUCAGAUUUAUAAGGCCUGAGUUAUCCCCUGGUACACUUUUUUCAUAUCAAAUUAACUUUCUUCUUUUCGAUCCCUUAGGAAAGUGUCUUGCACUUUUGGCUUCUCGAUGGAUGUUACAGUCAUUUCUAUGCAGCACAUAUUCAAUGUGAGAGCAACAACUCUUGCUUCCUUCGUUUAGGGGUCAGUACUCACUCUCCUGCUUGGAUUCACCCACCCGGACCUUCUACUCCCUCUUUUUUCUCAAAAGAGCAAGUCGUAAGCCUUCUUUGUGACCUCUGGCCAUGGCUCCGGAAGUCUGUCAAAGAAAGUCUUUGAGAUUGUUGAAAUUCACAGCGUCAAAAUAGCACAUAUCAAAAGUCUAUGAUUUCAUUAGAGCAUUUAAAGCCUACUCUCUCUACUAUUUCUAUAGAAAGCAAUAAACCACAGAGUUCUCUAUGCAAGACAUCUGUUACGAUGGCUUAUUGUCUCUUUACAAUAAGCUAUUGUCUAGUUUAUACCUUAAAUCUGUUUGAGAUAAUAAGAAUUUCCUAAACUUCUGAGCGUUACCGACAAGAGUGGCUUCACAUACUUCACACAUAGUGUUGGACUAUAUCCUCCUGCAUUUGUCAUCAUAUCAAUGGCUGUGACCCAUUUAUCUAUCCUUUCAAACACAUGUUUUCCAGUAUCAAGAUUAAGAAGAGCACCAAGAACUAGUAACAGGCCUUAAUGGAUUAUUCAUUAAACAAACAAUGGCUUGUUCUAUGUGGAUAAUCGGGCUUAUAUGAAGUCCAUUUCCCUGUUAAAAGCUCAAUAAAUAUUCCAUCAUCAAUAGUAUCGGAGAUUCUUCAGCCAACCCUAAAGAUUGCCGAAGAUGUUGGGCUAACUUACUAGUAUCAUUACCAUUAAGAUAUGAAGCGGGGCUUAUACAAGAUAUUGUACAGAAAAUCUCAACUCAACUAGAUCAAAUGCCAUUAAAAGUAGCCAAGUAUCCAGUUGGGAUAGAUUCCCGAGUAGAAGAGCUUCAAACAAUCCUAAAUCUACUGUCCAAGGAUGAUAUUCUUCUGGUAGGAUUAUGGGGACAAGGAGGCGUAGGCAAGACAACCCUUGCUAAAGCCAUUUAUAACGCUAUUUUUAGAGAGUUUCAAGGUUCUAGUUUCUUGGACCGUGUUAGUGAAAAUUCCAAAAGUUUCACUGAUUUGGUUCAUUUGCAAAAAAAAUUGCUAUCGCAGGUAUUGCGAAAAGAAUUAAUAGUCUUCAGUGUUGAUGAAGGAAGUCAAUUGAUUCAAGAUAGACUUUCCAAUAAGAAAGUUCUUAUUAUUCUUGAUGAUGUGGAUGAUGAACACCAGUUAAAUGCUUUAGCUGGAGAUUGCGAGUGGUUCGGUAAAGGAAGUAGGAUAAUUAUCACAACAAGAAACAAGCAUCUGCUAACUUCUCAUGGAGUAUAUUCGGAUAAGUUGUACAAAGUUACAGCUCUCAAGUGUGGUGAAGAUCUUGAACUUUUUAGAAAGCAUGCUUUUCAAAGAAGUCAAAAAAUAGAAAUAAGGAGCAAUCUUGUAAAUAGUGUUUUACAUUAUGCCAAAGGCCUUCCUUUGGCACUUGAGGUGUUGGGUUCUUUCUUGUGCGGUAGAGGAGAACAUCAAUGGGAAAGUACCCUCGAAAAACUAGCCAAAAGUCCUCACAAAGAAAUCAACGAUGUGCUAAAGGUAAGUUAUGAUGGAUUGGAGGACUAUAUAAAGGAGAUUUUUCUCGACAUUGCCUGUUUCUUCAAGGGGCAGAAGAGAAAGUACAUUAGGGAUGUUCUUGAUAGUUGUGAUUUUGCCACGACUAUUGGGGUUGAAAUUCUCAUUGAGCGCUCCUUGAUUAGUGAAGAGGAUGGGACCUUACAAAUGCAUGACUUGAUAAAAUGGAUGGGUAUGGAAAUUGUUAAAAAAGAAUGUUGUGAUGAUGCCAGCAAGCGCAGUAGGUUAUGGCUUUAUGAUGAUGUUCUUGAUGUUCUAUCAGGAGAUGCGGGAACGGAUGCAAUAAAAGCCAUAGUUUUGAAGCUACCGGAGUUUGAAGAGACAUACAUUUGUCCUAAUGCUUUCACAAACACGAGAAAGUUGAGGUUGCUCAUCCUGCAUAACGUGGGUAAUUCUUUCCAAGGUCCCGUCCCUCUCCCUAGUCAAUUAGGGUGUUUGGAAUUGCAUAAUUGUGCCUUGAUUCCAGAAUUUGGCUAUGGUCGAAAGAGAUUAGUUAGACUUGAUAUGCCGAAUAGCAAGAUCAAGGAACUGCCGAAAUUUAAGGACUUCAUAAAACUAAAGUUCAUUAACUUCAAUGGAUGCCAAGCGUUGGUUUGUAUGCCGGACCUCGAUUGUACUCCAAAUCUCGAGAUAUUGGAUCUUCAUGGGUGUAAAAACUUGGAGUGUGCCCACGAAUCAAUUUCAUAUCACAACAAGUUACAAUUUUUGAAUUUAGGUGGGUGCUCAAAACUUCACCAUCUCCCUAAUGUGCUCCAGUCCAAGAAUCUUCAACUUCUCAAUCUUAAAGAUUGCUCAAAGUUGCAAAGACUGCCUGAUUUUUCGGAUAAAAUGAAAGCCUUGCGAGGACUUCAUUUACAAGGAACUUCAAUUAAGGGGCUUCCUGAAUCCAUAGAAAAUCUUGUCUCUUUGGGGGAAAUGGAUUUAGGUAAUUGCAAGAAAUUGGCAAUCCUUCCGUCUAGCAUUUACAAGUUGCAAAAUCUUAAAUUCCUACGGCUUUAUGGCUGCUCAAAACUAGUCAAAUUUCCAAAGUGGGAGGCGGAUUCGAAUGAUCCCCAUAUGAAAAUGGGAUUUCCUAAGUUGUGGUUGCUAAACCUUGACAUAUGCAAUUUAUCAGAAGUAGAAUUCCUGGAGAAUCGUUCCUGUUUUCCCUCUUUAAAUUAUUUGGUUUUGCGCGGAAACAAUUUUACUAACCUUCCUACAUGCGAGCAACAAUAUAAGUUGUCUCAUUUACCAGUUUCGUAUUGUCGAAAAAUACAAGAGAUCCUCGAUAUUCCAGGGCAAUUUCAACGUCAAUGGGCAAUUGGCUGCGAAUCUCUAAGUGAAAGGCCCUCAAACAUAUGUGACUUUGACAACGUUGACUUGUCUUCAUAUCAUGAUGGGGCCCAUGGAGUGUUCCGCUAUGAUGAUAUGUUGAAGCAUAAGGUAUUUGAUAUUUUCUAUGGUUGCCGAGGACUUAUUAUGUCUGGAGGAGAGAUGCCAGAAUGGUUGCUCCCUAAUAACGAAGGUCAUAUUUCUUUCAUAGCUUCAAAGGACUUAAUGGAGAAAUUCUUAGGAUUAGCUUUAUGUGUCGUAGUCCAAGCAAAAAGAGGAAAAGGUUUUAACUCAUUGACCAUUAUCUCAGCCAUCAAUGGUGAAAUGGUUGAUAAUGUGACGAAAUGGUUGACAUCGGAUUUCGAUCAUCUAAGGCUUCAUUGUUACGAACCAAGGCUUUUGUGGAAGCGAGUCUCCAUUGGUCCAAAUGGCUGGAAUCGUUUCAUGUUAACCAUUAGAGCAUCGGGUGCAAUUGUGAAAAAAUGUGGAUUCCGACUAAUAUGCAAGCCAUUAGAGAAAAUUUUGGACAUUUUUCUUCAACAUAAUCAGUUGCUCAAUCCAGCUUUACUGUACGAGGUUCGACAUGAAGAUAAUCAGACGAACACGGUGGAAGAAAGUUCAAGUGGAACAGAAGAUUUACUAGAUAAUAAAACUAGUAGAAAGGAAAAUAGUUCAAGUGAUUCAAUACUCGAAGGAUCCAACGUGACCGACUUCCCACUCCAGAUCUAUCGCUAUUCCCUAAUUGAUCAUGCUUACCGAAAUGUUGUCCCAAGAGGAGAGAUGCCAGAGGAGUUUGUGCCUGUUGAAGACGGUACCAUAUCUUUCAUGGCUUCGCAAGACUUGUACGACAAGUUCCUAGGAUUGGCUCUAUGUGUCGUUUUCAAUGUAGAAGAUGGAAAAAAGGAAAUAUCUUUCGACAUCGUGCCACACAUUAACGGCGAAAGGCGGAAUGUCCUAUCAGGAACUCUCGGUUCAUUUGAUUCAAAUCACAUGUGGAUUCAAUAUCUCAAACCAAAUGUGCUGUGGGGAUUGUUGGAGGGAGGAGUUGAUUUUGGUCAAUUUGACGAGAUAUAUUUACAAUUUAGCCUUAAUCUUAGAGUAUUUGGUGGAACCCUAAAAAAGUUGGGAUAUAAGAUAAGAUGCGGGCGACUAGAGGAUGAUUUGAAGGCUGUGCUUGGGGACAACAAAUCAGUGAAUCCAGCUUCACUCUAUGAGGAGGAUUCUGAUGAACCAAAAUAUUCAGAGAGAGAAAGCUUCUUUGGGCGGAGAAACUUUGAAAAAGCGCAGAAACAUCUUGAAAUAGAAUUCUUUCGCAAAUGUCACAUCCUAUAGAGGAACUGGUCUAGUUUUGUUGGAUAGCUUGGUCACGACUUCUGAGGGAACUGCUUCCUUUUUAUUAUUAUUGCCAUGUCUUUAGAAGGGAACUACUUCUUUCUUAUGAUCAUUAUGGGGUUUUGACGUAUGGACUUUUAUUAUUAUGCCAGCUUCAUUUGAUUUAAACUCAAAAGCAAGUUCAUGGCAAGUGUUUUUUUUUUUCUUUUCAUGUUUCCUUGUCAAGCGGAUCAUGAUCUCCUUGAUUAUUGUCAUGUUCUGCACAGAAGGCUUAGUUACAUGUCAUUUGCAUAUCAUUUACUGAUUUCACAGCAAGUUUUCAUUUUUGGACUAGUCUGGUUGCUAUCCCAUGUUAAUUCUCGAGUGUCUUAUCAUGUCCAUGUUAAUUCUCAAGUUUCAACAACAGUUUGAAGCAGCAAAAGUUUUGUACAUUGAAAGACAACUUCCCAUAGAUUCAUAAACUUCAGCUGAAUCAGGGAUGUCAUCAUGAAUCUCUCUAGCAAUUGUUGAUUCAUGAGGCAGAGAGCGAGGGUGACAGAGUCCCUUGGACUGCUUUUUCAGUCCAAAAUUCCACUAGUCAAGAAUGAGCAAAAUCAUCCAUGACUUUGACUAAUGGCUUAGCCGUAGAGCGAGAGUUUAGAGCUUCCAAAGCCAGUGACAAUUGUGGGAACAAGAUUAUCUCCUGCAGCCAGUGCUUGUCCCUUCUCUCUUUCAUUUGAAGAAAAUCCCCUUUGUAACGUCGACUGGGUGUUUGUGAUUUUGUUAACUGAAGCCAUUGUACAAUUCACAGAUUUAAUUGUUUGACUAGUAGUUUUCUGAAAUUAGUGCCUUUCUAUUAUAUGAGAUGUCCUGGUCAAUUUAGAUGGAUAAAUUUAUUCCAUUGUGACACCAUUUCGUGUAAAAUUUUCUGAGAGGGUCACUGCUGUCCAUCAGAGUAAUGCUACAAUAAAACCGGCGUACUGCUUUUGUGUCUUGUCGAUUGUUAUGGAUAAGAAUUGUUCAUAUUU